GCACUUGCUCCCUGUGUUCGCGGAAAAUUACGAGCUGCUCCUGAAGGCAGCACCCCGGUGUAGUCAGGCACCAGCAAAGCGUCGCAGGCAGAGCGGCAGCUGGGAAUGUGAGCGCCUCCACACAGACCGCUAUUUCAGGACUGGAAACUCACAGUAGCAGAGCAGGCAGAGAAGAGAAGCUCUGCCCAUUGCUCCCUCCUGGCCAAGAACACGCUGGCUUCCUUUGAAGGGCGACCUUGGCGCUCUUUCCGGAGACUCGGUGCUCUCAGACCGCAUCAGAUGGUCAGCGGACAGCCGUUGGUGGCUCACUGCGGGGCUGCAUGCUAGAGGGAACCUGCUGGAGCACCGCGUUUGCUCCCCCGCUGCCUGUCCCUGCACAUACGCUAACAAAAUUACCUCCUGCCUGGUGUGUCCAGUUAACGGAGCAGUAUAGUGUCACCAUCCAGUCACUGUAGUGUUAAUGUCUCUCGCUGUAAAAGGCUCGUUUAAAUGCUCCUGCUUCACCGCUACCAAGCCACCGACGCCACCAACGAUGGACUGAAAUCUGCGGCGGGGGCGAGCGACACACAACCUGCCGCGAUUUCCUGCAUGUAAAUAAAUAAAUGAUAGAGGAUACAAUGACCCUGCUGUCUCUAUUAGGAAGGAUCAUGCGUUAUUUUCUGCUCAGACCGGAGACCUUGUUCCUGCUGUGUAUCAGCCUGGCUCUGUGGAGUUACUUCUUCCACACGGACGAAGUGAAGACCAUCGUGAAGUCGAGCCGGGAUGCGGUCAAGAUGGUCAAGGGGAAAGUGGCGGAGAUGAUGCAGAAUGAGCGCUUCGGCGGGCUGGACGUCCUGGAUGCACAGUUCUCCAAAACAUGGGAGUUCAAAAGCAACAACGUGGCUGUGUACUCCAUCCAAGGCCGGCGAGAGCACAUGGAGGAUCGGUUCGAGGUGCUCACAGACCUGGUCAACAAGAGUCACCCGUCUAUAUUUGGGAUUUUUGACGGUCAUGGAGGAGAGGCUGCUGCUGACUUCGCCAAGGCCCACCUGCCCGAGGCUCUCCGCCAGCAGCUGCUGACCUAUGAACGGGAGAAAGAGCGAGAUAGAGAGAAAGACAAGGAAAAAGACGAGAAGAAGGAGAGAGGCGGGCUGUCUUAUCCGUCCAUCCUGGAGCAGCAGAUCUUGAAUUUGGACAGAGAAAUGCUGGAAAAGCUGUCAGCCACCUACAAUGAAGCAGGUACUACCUGUCUGGUGGCCCUGCUGUCUGAUAAGGAGCUGACGGUGGCCAACGUUGGAGACUCUCGUGGAGUUCUGUGUGAUAAAGAUGGUAAUGCCAUUCCUCUAUCCCAUGAUCACAAACCGUACCAACUCAAAGAACGCAAGAGGAUCAAGAAGGCUGGAGGCUUCAUCAGCUUCAACGGCUCAUGGCGUGUUCAGGGCAUCUUGGCCAUGUCCCGCUCCCUUGGCGACUACCCGCUGAAGAAUCUCAACGUGGUCAUUCCCGAUCCUGACAUCAUGUCGUUCGACCUGAACAAGCUGCAGCCCCAGUUCAUGAUCCUGGCUUCAGACGGCCUGUGGGACACCUUCAGCAACGAGGAGGCGGUCCGCUUCAUCAGGGAACGACUGGAUGAGCCACAUUUUGGCGCCAAGAGCAUUGUCCUCCAGUCCUUCUAUCGUGGCUGCCCUGACAACAUCACCGUCAUGGUGGUCAAGUUCAAAGGCAAGACCAGCGAGAAGUAGACCCUGAUCUACCACACAGUAUCACUAUAAUAUUUGAAUAUAAUUAAUAAUAAAUAGAUUUAAGAGUUAAAAUUUAAAGAGAAAGCGCAACUUUUUUUGAGAGGAACUGUUUUUAUCACAGAUAUUUACAGACAUUAAUUAUCAAUGCAUCAAAACAUGAACCGUCUCUUCUCCUUUAUUCUUAAUGAAAAGUAAAAUGUCUUUAACUUAGGCUUAGAAAUGUUGUUCGGACACCUUAAUGCAAACUGGGUCACUGUUAUGCAAAAUAAACAGAUUCAGUGCUGUGCAGCUGUUCCAUGAGUCUGCACAAAUUUGUAUGUCUAUGUGUGUGCGUGUGUGAGAGUGACUGAAAGAUGAAACAGUGAUAGAUGUCAGUCUUUCUGUGAUGAUUGCACACAAGUGUCACAUCAACAUCCAAGUCACUGUCUAACAAAUAAUAAGACAUGUAUGAGACAGCAUGGAGUUUUCCUUCCACGUUAUUUUACUCAAUGUCUGUGACUCAUUUUAUUAAAGUCAAACAUCAUUUCAGCUGGUUGGUCUUUUCCAAGAUCAAAUACAUUUCACCAGUGAAAAUCAUCCUUUUUCAAUUCAUACAUAAUAAACACUGAUGAGAAAAUGCAUGUGACUGUCCAGCUAUCACCAUUCAUAUUGUACAGCAAGAGAAGCCAUCACAGUCAUAUCACACUUAAGUCAUGAUGGAUUUCUUAUGUUAUGUUUUGAGCUGCCACAUUGAGUUGCUACAUUUCAUUGACUGUUAGAGGACGGUUUUUAUCAUUGCUGUUAUUUUUUGUGCUGAUAAAGUUUGUAUCUGAUAUAAUUGUUUACUUUUCAGUGUUUCCAACAGAAUGACAAUGCACUUGGGUGGUAAGGAUGACCACGCAGCCCUGUCUAAUUCUGUCCAUUGACUUUAAAGCAGUACAUUGUUAACCUGACAUGCCAGAUGGAUGUGUUUCACACAUCCAUCUGGUAAACCACUCAUAGACAGUGUUUGGGAAAGGGCAGAGGCUUUAAAAAAAAUUCGGAGGUGAUUGGAUGAACGUUCUGUC